UUAAAAUGAGUCGUAGAAAUAAUAAUGAAAAAGCAAAUGAAUAUACUGAUGAUUAUAUGAGAAUUCCAAUUAUUAAAAGCAAAUUUAACAAAUUUAAAGAUUUUUUUUAUAAUCCUGAAAAAAAAACAGUGUUAGGAAAAAAUAGAAAACAAUGGGGUAUUACUGGUCUUUUUUAUUUAGUAUUCUUCAGUGCAUUGGCAGCAUUAUUUGCAGCAUGCAUGGCAGCUUUAAUGGCAACAGUAAGUACUGAUAGACCAAGAUGGACACUUGACCAAAGUUUGAUAGGAACAAAUCCAGGAUUAGGAUUUAGACCAAUAUCAGAAAAUCCACAUGAACUAGCAUUAAUUUUUUACAAAUCAACUAAUCAAACUCAAAGAGAAGUUUGGAUUAAUCGACUUGAUGAUUAUCUUAAAAAUUAUAUAAAUAAAUCUAGUCUAUCAAAUGGUGGAGUAAAUCAUCAGAUAUGUAGUUAUGAAUUUCCAAAUUUAAAAAGUAAUCAUGUUUGUGAUGUUAAUUUACAAAAAGAUUUUGGAAAUUGUACAUCUGAGAAACAAUAUGGAUUUAAUAAUUCAUCUCCAUGUAUUUUUAUUAAAUUAAAUAAGAUAUUUGACUGGGUACCAGAUUAUUAUGAACCAUCAGAAUUACCAGAUGAUAUGCCAGCGGAUCUUGUAAAACACAUUAAAUCAUAUAGUAAUAAAUCGGAAUUGAAUACUGUGUGGGUUAGCUGUCAAGGUGAAGAAGCUGAAGACAGAGAAUCACUUGGACCAAUUACAUAUUAUCCUAAGAUACGAGGAUUUCCUGGUUAUUAUUAUCCUUAUAAAAAUAUACCUGGUUAUCUAAGUCCACUUGUUGCUGUCAAAUUUGAACGGCCUGAGCGAAACAAAAUAAUAAAUGUGGAAUGUCGUGCAUGGGCUAAAAAUAUUAAAUUCCAUCAACGACAAAAAAUUGGUAUGGUUCAUUUUGAAUUACGAAUUGAUGAUUGAUCUGUUUAAAUAAUUUUAGGUAUAAUUAUUUAUUAUUUAUCAAUAAACGGUAUCAGGGAUUAAAUAUGUCAAUUAAAAAAUAAUGUACUUACAUUUUAAUUUAAAUUUAUAAAUUUAUUAGUCUUUAUAUUUAAUAUAUAUUUGUUCAAAAUCACAACUUACGUAUGUUCAAUUUUUUUUUGUAAAUUUCAUAAAAUUAUAAAAUAUAGAGAUUCAUUUUCUUUGUUGUAAAUUACUACAGUAAUUUUAAAAUAUCAGAUCCAUUGAUUUCUUUUUUGUAAAUGCGCUUAUGUAAAAUUAAUAAUAAUAAUUUAGCGAAUUGUUGUCGCAUUUAAGAUUCAUUAUAAAAAAUAAUAUUAAUAAUAAUAAUAAUAAUAAUAAUAAUGAUUUUAGUCAAUUAAAAGUUCAAAGUGAACUGAUCCGAUUUUAUCAUUACGAUUAUGUUUUAUAUUUCUCGCCCAAGCUUUGCACUCGACAUUAAUAAGAAUUCCAGCUGUAAAUAAAAUAAAAUAAAUUAAAAUAACUAAUAAACAGAAAAAAAAAAAAAAAAAAAAUAAAAUAAAAUAAAUUACUUUUUGGUCUUUCAAAAUGAACGGCAACUAAUGGACUGAGAUAACCUUCAGUAUUUUCAUAAGGAUAAUAGUAUCCUGGAAAUCCUUGCUGUGGAAUAUAUUUAACUGGUCCAAUAUUUUCUUCAUCUGCUGGAUUUUCUCCUUGGCAAGACACCCAAAUAGUAUUCAAUUGUUUUGAUUGACGUGCAGUUAAAUUACCAAUUAUUGUUUUUAAAUCACGGGGCAUUUUAUCCGGCAAUUGGUCAACUGAUGUAUAAUAUUCUGGUCUCCAGCCAUAAAUCUAAAUUUAAUUUAAAUUCAAUAAAAUAAUUAUAAAUUUAAAAUAAUAAUAAUAAUUUACCUUAUUGAGUUUUAUAAAAACACAUGGACCAGAUUUAUGAUAACCAAAGAAAUUUUCUUGUGUACAUGGAUGCCAUUGUCGUACAUUUACAACACAAACUUGAUCAGGAACUGGUAAUUUAUGAUAAUCACAAUCUGUUAUAUGAGCACCUAGACCAGCUGUCGAUCCCAAUUUCUUGUACUCUAAAUAAUUUUUUUAUUUUUUAAUAUAAAAAUGAUAUAAAAUAUAAAAAUAUAUAAAUUAAUACCUCCUAAAAACUCAGUCAAUUCAUCAACCCAGUGCUUGUAAUUUUCUGGAUCUGUUCCCUUGAACCAAAUCAAAGUACUUUCAACAUUAGACGAUGGUGGCAUUGGUCUAAAUCCCAGACCUAAAUAAAUAAAAUAAAAUAAAUCCAAUCCAAUCGAAUCCAAUAAAAUAAAAUGAAAUAAAAUAAAAUAUAAAUACCUGGAUUUGUUCCAAUAAUUGAACCUUCUAAUUGCCAUUUAGGUAUUCUCAUAUCAAGAGUUUGGAAAAAAAACCAAAAGCAUAUUGCUACCAAUGCAGCAAGUACUCCAUAAAAUAUCAAAUAAAAUAAUCCAACUUUUCCUGUAAAUUUAAUUUAUAAACACACACACUUUAUAUCAUCACUUUACGGGUAUUGUUACAAUUUAUAAAAGGAUUAAUACUAUGCCCUCUAACAAUUGGAGCAAUUCAAUUACAUAAAAUGAUUAUUCAAUGUUGUGCCAAGGUUAUCAUCAACAUCCUACUUGUAAAAUGAAACCAUCAUAUUAAAUAACCUUUUAUAUAUCCGUAUAUAUAUUUCGUUUUUUUUUUUUUUAAAUAUUUAUGCCCUUUAAAAUAUAUCAUUUAAUAUUAAUAGACCUCGUUAUAUAUUAAGGGAAGUUGUAACAAUUGUCCCGUAUAUGCACCAUCACCAUCAUCAUAAUUAUUUGACAAUAAAAAAAUUAAACAACAAGAUGAUAGCAGGAAAGAUCAGCUGCUCAAUUUAAAAACACAGUGACUGACAAAAAUAAAAUUUUUCAAAUAUCAAUUGAAUCAUGUUCAAAAAAUAAUAAAAAAUUUUUCCCUUACUGUGUUUUUAAAUUGGCCAGCUGAGAUGAUAAAAAUGAAAAAAAAAUAAAUGGUUGGAAUGUUCAAUAUUUAAAAAGUAUGUAAUUAGUGUCGGUGAUGAAUGGAUGAUUCAUGCAAGGUGGAGUUAAUUUUAUGCGAUAAAUAUAAAAGUUUUAGUUACCCCAACUGCUGGGUGUCCGGCCCAUGAUGGCUCCAGUUUCUUUGUUGUAAAAAAAGUUUUUAAAUGAUUGACGUGCUGAUAUUUCUGGUGGUUUUUCAUAAGGAUUCAUUGAUUCCUCCUUAACUCCUAAAUCUUUUUUGCUAUCCUUAGCCACCAUUGUAAUAGUUAUCACUUUUUUUUUAUUAUUUAAAUAAUAAAUUUACCACGUUUUUUAUAAAAAAUAUAAAUAACAACAAACAACAAGAGUCCACUGCUCCCGGUGGACUACUAGAGAAUAAACUGAAUGAGAUUGAAUGGACAAGUUUGUAUAAUAAUUUUAGUUGGCGUUCUCAGUUCUCAGUUCUCAGCGAUCCAGUAAUCCAGUCAUCAGCACAUCAGCAUACAAACGUUACAAGCAGUUACAAACUUACGAGGUAUCUAUUAUUGUUCCCCUUCCCUUUCAUUUCCAUGCUUUGCUUUUAAACUUAUAGACUUCUCGCUCCCACUUUUUUAACUUCCAGGCUAACGCCCUCUUCUUCUCUCUUUACUUCUCUAUAAUUUUCUAUUCAUUCUCUCUUACUCCCACCUUUUUAUCCAGAAUUACACAUCAAACUAUACAUAAAAAUAUAUGUAUAAUUCUUCAGGUAACUAAAGUACUAUACUUUAUACUUUUACCUGAGUCUUCGAUCCAUAUCUACACCUUUCCCCUCAAAUAUUUUAUCACAACUAAUCGACUGAUAAUUUUUUUAAAAAUUGUUCAAAAAUUUUAAAAAAUUGUCAAUUGUCGGCUAAAUUCACUCUCGUAAUCAAUCACAGAAAAAGAAAAAAUAAUUAAUCAUUUUUUUUUUUAAAUUAAAAAAUUAUUAGACAGCCAACUUCAGUAUCAAAAAAUUGUCAAGUAGAUUUGGACAAUUUUUUAAAAUAAAUCCAACUAAAACUGGUUAUCACCUCAUAUAUUAUAUAUAUAAUUCUAAAUAAUUUAUAUGAGUCAGACCGAAAAUGCAGUCUCUUUUAAACCAAUUGACUACAUCCUGCCUAGUAUGUGCUGCUUUUAUAUCACCAUUUUAUCAUCAUCAUCAUCAUCAUCAUCAUUAUCAUCGAACCCGUGACAAUGAAAUCUAAUUGUCAUCGAGGUAACACAUAAAUUAUAAUUACAAUAUAAUAUAUAUAUUUUUUAAAUUUAUUUAUUUAAUCGUAAUAUUUUUAAAACCAAUUUUUUUGACAUUUUGAUUUUUAUUAUUUGUUAAUUAUUAUUAUUAUUAUUCCGCAAUUAAUAUUUUUAUAAACCAAUUACAUUGUAACAAUAUUAUUAUUAUUUUUUUAAAAUUUAAUUAUUAUUAUUAUUAUUUUUAAAUUAUAACAAUUGUUAGAAAUUUUUGAAAUUUAGCAACUGCAGUAUAAUAAUAUUAUUCAUCUAUUUAUUAUACAAUAAUUUUUUUUUUAAAUAUUAAUAGCAAUUAAUCAAGCAAUUAAAUUAUUAAAUGCUUGGACAUUACACGCUUCGUUUUAUUAACAAUUACAAUAAAUAAUAAUAAUAAUAAUAAUAAAUUAAUUUAACAAUAGUUUUUUUUUUAUUAUUAGUAUAAUAAUAAUCACGAUUUGAGUACUCACUUGCCGUAGGAUUGCUAAUUAUAUUUUUUAAUUUUAUUAAUCGACAUUUUUUAAGCCUUAAAUAUUUACCGCCAGAUGGCUACCACUCCAUUUGUUUUUCUCACACUCAGUAAUAUAUUUUUUAUCGAUUAUAUAUAAACCCAAGGAAAGAAAAUAAUAAUAAUAAUAAUUAUUAUUAUUAACUGUUGGUACUGUCGAUUAUUAUUAUUAAUUAUUAUUAUUGCAACCCUACUUUUUUUUUUUUUUUAACUACAAUAUUAUACACUAAUUAAAUAUAUCUAAAUAAUGUAUUUUUAAAAACACACAUGUAUUAAUUUAAUACUAAAUUUAACUAGUGAA